AAAACGCAGCGUUUUGUCGUCCAAGUCAGCGCUAAAUUCAAACAGGCUAUGCACCUUGAAAAAUCUCGACUCCAUGGAACUCGAAGGCGAAGACGGGUCGAAGCUCAUUCUCAAGGCGGGUGCGAAUGCCGUGUUUGGAAGAGGAGCAGGAUUCGAAACCGAAGACUUGACGGUGUCGCGCCGUCACGUCUCCUUCGUGCUCGAACCCGCCGCCACUGCCGACGGAGCCGAACCAUCAGCUAGGGUUUCGUUUGAAGUUGUCGGGAGGAAUCCGAUCUGGGUAAGGUCCCGGACAACAAACGAGAAGAUCCGAACUUUCCGGAAAUCUGAUACGGGCGAGAUCUAUGCCGGCGAUAGAUUCUGCGUCUCGGGUCGACGACCCGUUUGGUUCAUUUUGAAGAGACACGAUGACGUUGCGGAAGAGAGCAGUUCGGAGGGUGAAGGUGGGCUUGAUAGUGUCGAUGUCUCGGAAAUCGAUCCCGUUAAAGAGUUUGGAUUUCUUGUGAUCGGGGGAGAAUUCGAUCAGUACCCAAAGAACUGGGUGCGUGACGUAAAGAAAUGGGAGUGGUUCCUUGAAGACACCAAGAACAAAGGUGGUGAUGAUGAUGAUAAUGAUGAUGAUGAUGUGGUUGAAGGCAAGAAGGGAAGGAGUGGAUUGGGGAGAAAGAGAAGGAGAAAGAAAGGGAAUGAGGAUGAGGACGGGACUGGGGAUAUCCAGGAAGAAGAUCGAGAGGUAAUGGCGAAAACGAGUAGGGCUCCAGGUCCAACUUACUCAACCAGAUCUCGGGAGCCGAAGAAAGAUGCGAGGAAGAGCAGAACUAACAGAGGGCAAGCCAAACGGGGAAGGGUAGAUGCCGAAGAAGAAGAAGAUGACGAUGACGAAACAUUGGGAGGUUUCAUUGUUAGUGAUGAAGAAGCCGAGUUAGAAGAAGAAGAAGAGGAAGAAGAAGAGGAAGAAGAAGAAGAAGACGAAGAUUUUGAUGAAGAUGAAGUCGAUGACGAAGUGUAGCAGGGGGACGAGACACGAAUAUACCCGAUCUGUUAUCGCCUGUAUCAUGUAUGUAUCUCCAGAACAAGAAUCUUGCUUGUUUACUUGUAGAUACGUUUUUGUCUAAAGGAUUCGAGAUGGAAGUUUUUU